AGAAUUAUGGUCAGCUCAAGUGGAUAUUGCGAACAGGGAGCUCCUAGUUCUUCCAGGCCAAAACGCAACAUUUUUGUGUCGUGUAGGAGUAGCUUUACAGUACUGCCGAAUAGAACUACCUGAUGGAACCAGUUUUAACUUAAAUAAACAGCAUACGUCACCUACUGAGGUGUCAUAUUACGGAAAUGGACUGGAUGCUGGCCAAUGUGGUGUCACCCUUCACCGUGUCGAAGAAAAACAUAAUGGGCCUAUUAAAUGUACUCUUGGUAUACCAAGUGAAACUUCGGAAUCAGUAGGAGUCAUGCAGCUGAUUGUAGGAAAGGCUCCCAAACAACCUGAAUUGGACUUAAGCAGAGGAACCGACUCUUUGAGGGUAUACAAAAUAAAUGACCAUUUGGACGCAUCCUGUAUAGUUAGAGAUGGACGACCUGUGGCUAAUAUUAGCUGGUUUUUAGAUAACGAACUUAUCGAUGACAUGGGCCUAAAAAUGCCAACUGUAAUUGACCUUGCUAAGGAGAACUUACAAUCUAAAGUUCAAAAUCUUUCAAGAGUUUUACAACCGUCCGACAAUGGAAGGUACCUUAAAUGUGUAGCUUUUCACCCUGCAUAUCCUGGAGGAUCCGCUGAAACUAAAAGGCAAUUGGACGUUAAAUUUCCACCCCUACCAAUCGAAGAACCAAUCGACAAAUUCGGUUAUCAAAUUGGAAAAGUAGGUCUCAUUAAUAUCUCGAUAGAAGCAAAUCCCAAACCCAGAAUCGAAUGGUCUGUUGGGGGACAACUCAUCAAGGAAGGAUCGACCGAUAAUACCGGAAGGAUCGAAGCAGAAGCGAUAAGAGAUUUGGGACGUGGAAGAUACGAGGCUAACUUGAGACUGGCAGCUGUUAACAAACAAGAUACGGAAACUGACUACAUUUUAACGGCUUACAAUGACCAAGGCUCUCAAACUUAUAGAAUCAAAAUCUCUACUAGUCCGGAACCUGAAGGUGUUGAACUAGGAGUUGGGGCGAUAAUUGCUGUAGUAGUUGUAGGACUUUUAAUAAUCCUUCUGGUUUCAAUUCUGAUCUUCGCCAAAGUUACCGGACGGUGGUGCUUUACUGGUUCGAUAGAAACCAGACAUUUUGGAGAAUCCAGUGACACAGAAAGUGCAGAUGUUCGGCCCAAAGAUGCUAGAAAACCACUCAAAUUGUCAUUAUUAUUCAAAAAGAACAAGGACCAUGUCGCUUCAGAGCCUGACCUAGAAGCUAGAACACUAGAUAAUGAAUUGUCAGAGCCGAAGAAAUCGCCUUUUCCAGAAGGAGAUGAAAGAGCCUUAGUUUAUGCCGAACUGGAUCUGGUACGAGCCGAUAUGGUACCAGUGGUUAAAAACGACGAUGAAAAAACAGAAUAUGCAGAAAUUGUAUACACCCAAGCCGAUGAGGGAAAAGAAUCUCCCAAGAAGUAAAUGAAAGACUGAAGAAUAUUAAGUUAAGGUUUUGUCAGUAAGAAUCAGAUUUAUUUCUUAUUUUUUGUUAUUCUUUUAUUUUAUACUACAUGACAAUUAUAAUGUAAUAAUAAUCGUAGCAAUUUUGAUUUGUAAAGCAAAUGAAAGGAAUUUGAGCGAUAAGUUACAGUCUUUUUUGAAUAUUUGGUUAUCUUCACUGUCUUUGUUAACCAGCUACAUAUAUAAGAAAGAAAUGAUAUUGAUAUGCUAUUUAUUUCGAAAAUAAUGAAUUAAUAUUACUUUUUUGAGGUAAUAAAACCAAUUUAUAGUGGAAUUUAUAGUGUUUAAGAUGGCCCAGUUAUUUACGUUUAGUUCCAUGUUCGAUACCAUGGAUCAUGUCUGGAAUUAUCAUAAAAAAUAGGUAUAACAUUGUGGUUUCCCAUUAUUUAUUUCUAUAUUUCCUAUAUUCCGUAUGGUUUCUGGUUGUCUGGUUUUCUGUUUAAAUUUUUGUUUUUAUUAUCUCUUUAUUGCUAUCUAGUAUCUGUUUUAAAACUUGUCUGGAGUAUAUAUUGCA